AUGAGUCUUGUAUCCGAACAACAAUUGCUACAAAACCAGCUCCAGCUCAAACAGCUGGACGAACAAAGACAGAAACAAGCCGAGCAAACAAGAAGCUUCCAGUCGAAAUCGUCGUCCACACAGGAAAUGCUGCACCAGCUGCGCCAGAAGGAAAUGGCCAAGCGAGACCCAACAGACCCGAUGGCCGUGCUGGUCCCGACAGAGGCAAACCCAACAGACAUCCUGGCCACCCGGUUUGGUCUCUGGCGCACCAUCAUUGGCUGUCUUGUGCACUAUCUCAAGGAGAUAGUGUCGGUGCACGAGGAAAUAAGCAGACAGCAAAUUAGACUCCAUCACGCCAUCACCUUCCCGUUUGUGACCCAGGGCCUCGACGGCGAAUUUUACCAGCCCGUGAAAGUCACCACGGGGGCCCCGCAGACUGGCCAGGGCCUGUUUGGCCACAAGGAGCAGCCGCACCCAGAAGCGAACGACGAGUUCGAAAUGGCAGAGAAGUUUUUUCUUCCGCUGGGAAACGGCAGCAUCCAGGACCUGCCCACCGUGUUGUACCAGUACCACUCGAACGCGGCCCUCUUGGCCCAGGCCACCGUCAAGGAGCUCAACGGCACCAUUAUUCCGCGGCUCGAGGACCUCAAGCGGGACCUGAUUGUGAAAAUAAAGGAAAUCAAGUCGUUGCAGAGCGACUUCAAAAACCAGGUGGCUAGAUACCACCAGGAGACAAAGCAGGAGCUGAGUGCGUACAUCAAGGCCGUCGAGACCGCCAAACACCAUCCCGAGCUGCUCACCCCGAAGGACGACCCGUACUUACUGAGAUUCAAUCUGAACAGACUGAUCAAACGGCAGCUUACCGAAGAAAACUAUUUGCAUGAGGCCUUCAACAAUUUGCAGGGAUCGGGCAAGGAGCUGGAGAAAGUCGUGUACAUUGAGAUCCAGACGGCAUUGACCGUGUACGCUAAGCUGAUUGGCCAGCAGGCACAGAACGUGUUUGACGGGCUGAUCUCGAAACUCGACUCCGGGCUGCUGACCAAGGACCCCAGCUUCGAAUGGGACUCGUUUGUCGCCAAGGACACCAAGAACUUCAUCGACGUGAACCUGCCCAUGAGGCAUCUGAGCGAAAUCCGCUACCAGCACCAGAACGACCCGCUCACGUUUGAGAUCCGGUCCGGAUUUCUGGAGAGAAAGUCCAAGUACCUCAAGUCCUACUCCAAGGGAUACUACGUGCUGACCCCGACCUUUUUACACGAGUUCAAGUCUGCCGACCGCAAACGCGACCCGGUGCCGAUCAUGUCGCUGGCGGUGGAGGACUGCCAGGUGGCCGAGCACUCUAAGAAAGACGAGCACAAUCCAGACUCGUACCAUAAGUUUGUUCUCCAUGCCAAGCAGAACGGAUUGCUACGCAAGGGCCACAACUGGGUGUUCAGAGCCGAGUCGUACGACCAGAUGAUGAGCUGGUACAACGACCUCAAGAAGGUGACGGGACUGCCCUCUCCACAGGCGCGGUCCGUCAUCGGCUGGGAGCGCAAGAAACAGGAACGGCUUUCGUCGCUGGCGUCCUCGUCGAUGAUCUCGAAAAACAGAAGAGACACCAACCUGACCGGCGUGACCGACCAGUCCAGCUUCAAACGCGGCCAGUCGCCGCGCAGCUCGGUCGCACACCAGUCGCUCAACACGGUGCUGUCUCUGCCAAGGAACCACCACCCUGCUACCGAGGCCACGACGGUCGCCGAUUCGGACGUCCAGACCAAGCCGCGGCUGCCGAUCGACAUCAACAACAGCUCGUUUGUGACGCUGGAGACGGGCAACGGCUACGUGGACGAGAAGAUUGGCGACCUGACGCUGUCGGAUGAGUCGAAAAAAGAUACUCAAAUGUAG